AAUAUAAUUUUAAAUGAAAUUUAGGGAGAGUUAGUGCAGUUUACCCGAUUAAAAACCUCAGAGACUCGGUUGCAGAAACCAUAAAUCAAAAUAAAACCGCCAUAAACAGCAAAGCAUCGAUUUUCUUAAUCUCUCUGUUCUCAGAAAAACUAAAAAGAAAAGAAUUUAGGGCUUAGGGUUUCUAAUUUUUAGACAAUGAAGAGUGCAUUAGCAAACGCCUUGGCGGUCGUAGACCAGAGGCAAAAAAUCGAGCAAUACAAACACAUUUUAUCAACUGUUUUCUCGUCAAACGACAUAGUUCAAGCCAAGAAAUUCAUUGAUCAUAUGUUAUCGGACGAUGUCCCGCUGAUGGUUUCGAGGCAGCUUUUACAAACUUUCGCACAUGAAUUAGAGAGACUGAAGCCAGAUGCUCAAAAGGAAAUUUCCCAUUAUACACUUGAUCAGAUUCAGCCUCGUGUCGUUUCAUUCGAAGAACAGGUAUUGUUUAUUAGAGAGAAACUUGCUGAGUUGUAUGAAUCUGAGCAGCAGUGCUCAAAAGCAGCGCAGAUACUAAGUGGGAUUGAUUUAGAUUCUGGAAUGAGGGUUAUUGAUGACACAUUCAGAUUGUCAAAAUGUGUUCAAAUUGCUCGUCUAUAUCUUGAGGAUGAUGAUGCUGUUAAUGCAGAAGCUUUUAUUAAUAAAGCUUCAUUCUUGAUUAGCAACAGUCAGCAUGAAGUAUUGAUUUUACAGUACAAGGUCUGCUAUGCAAGGAUUUUGGAUAUGAAGAGGAAGUUCUUGGAAGCAGCACUGCGGUACUAUGACAUCUCUCAAAUUGAGAAGCGGCAAAUAGGAGAUGAGAUAAUUGAUGAGGAUGCACUGGAGCAAGCUCUGUCUGCUGCUGUAACAUGUACAAUUUUAGCAGCUGCUGGUCCUCAACGCUCUCGUGUGCUUGCCACCCUUUACAAAGAUGAACGAUGUUCCAAGCUAAAGAUAUAUCCGAUAUUACAAAAGGUUUAUUUGGAGAGGAUUUUAAGAAAACCUGAAAUUGAUGCAUUCGCUGAAGAACUUAAACCCCAUGAGAAAGCAGUGCUUCCUGACAAUUUCACUGUGCUGGACCGUGCCAUGAUAGAGCAUAAUCUUCUGAGUGCAAGCAAACUUUACACAAAUAUAAGUUUUGAUGAGUUAGGUACUUUGCUGGGCAUUCCUCCUCAUAAGGCUGAAAAGAUAGCAUCAAGAAUGAUUUAUGAGGAUAGAAUGAGGGGCUCAAUAGACCAGGUGGAAGCGGUUAUACAUUUUGAAGAUGACACAGAGGAGCUGCAACAAUGGGAUCAACAAAUAGUUGGGGUAUGUCAAGCUCUGAAUGAUAUACUAGAUAGCAUGGCAAAGAAAGGCAUGGCAGUAGCUGUCUGAUCCAGUCAACUUUACCAAGAACAAAGAAACUUAGAAGAUGAUUGAUUCGGUCUUAAGCCAUAGCCCAACCGUCCAAGCGCCUCUGAUUUUAUUAUUUUACACCAUUUUUCGUUCUUGAGGUUCACCUUUAUGACAUAGAUUUUGCCUGUUAUUGACGCGUGAGAUUUUUUAUAUAAUCAAUCAAAGUUCCUAUAAUCGAUAA